AAUUGUAAAAGCUAAGCUAGGACAGCUGGUUAGCCACGCUAAACGUGACUGAAGGCUAAAGGAGGGGUUGGUUUAAGAUGGGCUGAGAAGCUUUCAGAGGCUGAGAGGAAGCAAAACCAACUUUGCAGGGAUUUAGGGUAGAACAGGACAAGAGAUGCGAUUGGGAGACUUGUAAAAGUGAGAUCAUAUGAGGCACUUCUACCAAAGGCUUUUUUUUUUUUUUUUAAUGUAAAAGAGACAAGUAUCUCUGUGUGGGUGCUGGAGGAGUCAGAGCAGACUGAAUGACUAAAGCUGUGAACAAAUGGAUGAGUGAAUGUGAGAAAGAUGAGGAAAUGAAACAGGGUGAGGGUAAUAGGGCAAGUAAUGGAGUUAUAGAAGACACGUAGAUAAGAUUUUUGUUAUUGCCACUUAGAGACUUGUAGAGAGGGGAAGCAUCAAGAGUAUAUUUUGUUAAUUUGAUCUUUUAAGAAGAAAAUGGUGAGAUAGCAAGUAGAGCAAAGCAGAUAGAAAGGCUUGGCAAGGGUUAGUCUGCAGCAAUGAAAAGCUAGCUAGGAUUACAGGUGUGCAGAUAAGCUGCAGAAGUAGAAUUGUUUAGCUCUAAGAAGGCAGAAAUGGAGGCGAGAACAGGCUUGCAGGAGAGGAAGUUAGCCUGAUGACAGGAUUUCCGUCAGAGACACUUUGCACUGCAAAGCAUGGAUGAAGCAAGUGCUGAAGGCAAGCUGUACGAAGGGGCAUGUGAAUUCCUCGUUUAAGAAGCCAAGAUGCAGAUGUUAAUGCCUGAACCUCAGAUUUUUGUGGAAAGAACUCUGGCCCUCAUCAAACCAGAUGUUGUUGACAAAGAAGAAGAAAUAGAGGAUCUCAUUCUUCGAUCGGGAUUCCUGAUCAUUCAGAAACGGAAGCUCCAGUUAAGCCCAGAGCAAUGUAGCAACUUCUACGCAGACCAAUAUGGAAAAGUGUUUUUUCCCAAUUUAACAGCCUAUAUGAGUUCUGGACCUUUAGUCGCUAUGGUUCUUGCCAGACAUUGUGCAGUCUCCUACUGGAAGGAAUUGCUUGGACCAUCAAACAGCAUAAAAGCUAGGAGAACUCACCCUCACAGCUUAAGAGCAAUCUAUGGGACUGAUGAUCUGAGGAAUGCGCUUCAUGGCAGUGUCAGCAUUUUAUCAGCAGAAAGAGAAAUUCAAUUCAUGUUUCCAGAAGUGAUUUUGGAGCCAAUUCCAGCUGGACAAAGAGCUAGGGAUUACUUGAACCUUUAUGUAAAGCCAACAUUACUAGCAGGGCUCACUGCGCUCUGUAAAGAGAAGCCAGCAGAUCCAAUGUUCACCAGGAAAAUGAAUUAUGAUUAUUUUGAGUGAAACCAAUCUUGAAUAGUCAAACUGAUCUACGGAAAAUUCUUCUCUUGUGACUCCUCUCUAGUUAUCAAGUUGAUGCAUCUUGCCCUUCUCUCACAUAAUAUUCCUUUUAACUAUGGAUGUCAUUCAAAUCACAGUUCUUUGUGGAAAGACUAGUGUUAAUUUCCUGUUGUUUUUUGUGGUGGUGGGCUUUUUUAAUCCCUAUGCAAAAUGAGCUUGCUUUCAUCUGGAAAAAUAUGGUAAAUGUUUUUUGUAUUCUUAAAGCUCAAAGUUGUUCGCACUAGUACUUUAAGAAUGCAGAUAAUUAAUCAGUGUGACAAUUUACUGGCAGUUGUGGUGGAUUCUACAUCAUUAUCAGGUUUUUAAUCAACAUGGCAUUUUUCUGAAAGAUACACUUCAGAAAAAAGGCCUACAAAAUAAUUCAGAGGUGUUUCUAAUGAGCUAUGUGAUAUACAUGGGGUCAGAUUAAAUGUACUGUGAUUGUUCCAGCUUUAUAACCUGUCCAUUUCAUCUGUAUGUCUGGUACUGUUACCAUAGAAAUCUAGAAAACAGAGAUGAAGAAGUCUUUUCAUCCAUCCCUUUGCCUAGGGCCAGACCAAUUGUAUCUACCCAUUCCUAACGGAUGUUUGUCUGGACUGUUCUUUAGCACUCCACGUGAUGGAGAAUCUACAGUCUCCCUAGGCAAUCUGUUUCACUGCUUAAUUACACUUAGUUGAAAAGCUUUCACUAAAAGUUAGCCUAAAUCUCCUGUACUCCCAAUUUCUAGCCCAUUACUUGUUUUUUUCUUUUUACUAUCCCCAGAGGACAUUGGAGGCAAUGUACUAUCUUUUCUUUUUUUUUUUUUUCCAGCAACAUAUAGCAUAUUUGAAGAGCAUUACCAUCUUUUUUUCCCUUCAGUCAUCUUUUCACUAUAUUAAAAACUAUCUUUUUAGCUCUUACCUUAUAAGUCACAUUUAUUUGGUUUUGCUUCCAGUUAAUAUCUACAUUCUAAGUACAAUUUUCUAGCCAGCGGUGUGGUAACUAAUAGUAACUUCAAGAUCAUACUUUCCUUCCUUGCUUGUAAGAAACCCAUAAAGCUAUAUGAAGCACUGUCAAUAGCUUUACCAAAAUGAAAACAUAGUAUUUGUUGCUUCUUCCCUGUCCAUAACGCGUGACCUUGUAACAGAAGGAAAAUAACGUUGAUUUGAUAAAACUUCUUUUCAGAAAUAUAUGUUGGCUGUUGUUUUUCAAUUUGUUAUCUGCUAGGUGACUUACAGGGAGACUGAUGGAAUGAAAUUUUUUUUUUCUAAUAUCCUUCCAGAAGCAGAACUAAAGUUGGGGUGAUUUAGCUCUGGGGGUUUUUUCUUUCUUUUUCUUUUUUUUUUUUUUUCCUUUCUGAAGAUGGCAUCAGAAACUAUCUGUUCACUCAGAAAUACUAGCAGCAGAAAGGUUGUCUCAGCCAGUUCCCUAAGUAAAUUUUAUUUGAGCCUGAUAAAUUUUAUCAGUCUCAAAGGAUUUAAAAUUUUCUCAUUUUCCCAAGUGGUCUU